AUGAACUUUACACUAAACCUUGACCACAUUUGCUCCUUCUGUCAAUGCACUAAAGUAAACGAGUUCGGGCAUGAAUAUUCACUAUUACAGAAUAGCAGAGAACUGGAAGCGCAUCGUGGCCACUGUGAGGUUAUGGGUCGAGUAGCCUCCUUUGAACGUCCUUCUACUGUCUAUCUUAUAUGGAGUUGA